AUAGUGUCAUCAUUCUCAUUUAAAAUGCAGGUCGAAGCACGCUCUGAACAUUUCGAACUUGACAAACAAUACAUCUGUCCAAAUAAGAUCUCAAAUAAACUUGAUCAGUGUAUCACAAACAUAGCGAAAAACAAUGGAUUUUAUGGAUGGAUGGAUUACCAAUUAAAGAAAGGUACAAAACGGUAAAAAGCUAUGAAGAGAGUGAUGCAGAAAUUAUUAUAAUGGAGAAUGUAGCAAAAAAGGGUUUCAAAACUGGUCAUAGAAUGGACGUCGUAUCAUUAGAGUUCGCAAAAAUGGCUAUUGAAGAACUUGCUAAAUUUCAUGCGCUUUCCUUUGUGCUAAAGGCAAAGAGACCAGACUUUUUUGAAGAUCAAGUAAAAAUUAGGAAAAUUCCGUAUAAAACUGGUGAAAAAUGGCACAAACUUGCGCAAAAUAUCAUUAAUAUAACAUUGGAUAAUAUAGACGAAGGAAUCAAGAAAAGAGUUGAGAAGUUUUGUGAUAAUAUUGGAGAACGAUUCACGGUCUGUUUUGAAAAUGAAUCUGUACGUAACCUGUGUCACGGUGAUUAUAGGGCUAACAACAUACUGGUUAAAAUCGUCGAUGGUAAGAUAUCAGAGCUAAUACCAGUCGACUAUCAAAUGAUGUACCUACUAUGGAUGUCCUGCAGUGGACUUCCUAUAUUUCAUCAUGUGCUGUACUGACAAGGAAUUCCGAAAAACUCACCUACUACAUUUGAAAAAUGUAUACCAUGAAACAAUGACAAGAUUUUUGGAACACUUUGAUCUCGACAUCAACGAAUUUUAUUCAAGGGAAGUUUUUGAGAAAGAUUACGAUGCAAGACUGGAGAGUGGGCUAGUAAUGUCUUUCAUAUUUUUGCCUUUUGUAUUUGCUUCCGAAGAUGAUGUGCCUGAUUUGACCAAAGAUGACCGUGAUAUGAAUAAUUUAAGUUUUAAUGUUGAUAAAAGGUAUAAAAGCAGGAUUCAAGGAAUUAUUGAAGAUUACAUAGAAUGGGGCAUUAUUUGAUGUAUAGUUUUACGGUGCUAUUAGUUAAUUUUAGUUUUGAUAUACCUUUGUAGAUUUGUUUUUUGAAUAGUUUUCUAAUCGAAUAAGGUUUUUUGAGCAUUACAUUUGGAAUUUUUGAUUGUAAAAUUACUGAAUACACGUUUGUUUGUAGUG